CACGGCUGGGACCACGGAGGAGACUGGCAGCCGCUCGUUAGCAGGGCGGGGCUGAGAGCGCGCAGGUGACGUGUUGCUGUCAGGAGGGCGGACGCCUCCCUGCUCCGGAUAACAAGGAAGUGUCUUCAGCCCAUGCUGGUGACAGCGCUCAGUGCCGGACACCUGCUGCAGCCCCCGGAGAAGACGAGCCGCGGACAUGUUCAGCUGGCUGGGCAAGGAGGGCGGCUCCGGCCGUUCACCUCAGGAUGUUCUGCAGACGGUGACCGGCGGCCUGCAGUCCCUGUACACCGGGAAGCUGCUGCCUCUGGAGGAGCAUUACCGCUUCCAUGAGUUCCACUCCCCGGCGCUGGAGGAGGCUGACUUCAAGAACCUGCCCAUGGUCCUGCUGGUGGGGCAGUACAGCACUGGCAAGACCACCUUCAUCAGAUACCUGCUAGAACAAGACUUUCCAGGAAUGCGAAUAGGACCCGAGCCCACCACUGAUUCGUUCAUUGCUGUAAUGUAUAGCGACCAGGAGGGAAGUAUACCGGGAAACGCGCUGGUUGUUGAUCCUAAAAAACCUUUCCGAAAAUUAAACAGCUUUGGAAAUGCCUUCUUGAACAGGUUUAUGUGCUCACAACUUCCCAAUCAAGUCCUCAAGAGCAUCAGUAUCAUAGACUCCCCUGGUAUCCUCUCUGGAGAGAAGCAGCGUAUUAGUAGAGGUUAUGACUUCUGCCAGGUCUUGCAGUGGUUUGCAGAACGCGUUGACCGGAUUAUUCUCCUCUUUGAUGCUCACAAACUGGACAUCUCCGAUGAGUUUUCAGAGGCAAUCAAAGCUUUUCGAGGUCAGGAUGACAAAAUCAGAGUGGUGCUUAAUAAAGCCGACCAGGUGGAUACCCAACAGCUGAUGAGAGUCUAUGGCGCCCUGAUGUGGUCCUUGGGAAAGGUGAUUAACACUCCGGAGGUGGUGCGAGUCUACAUAGGCUCAUUCUGGGCUAAGCCUUUGCAGAACACCGAGAACCGUAAAUUGUUUGAAAUGGAAGCUCAAGAUCUAUUCCGAGACAUUCGGGGCCUUCCAAGAAACGCUGCACUCCGCAAACUGAAUGACCUCAUUAAAAGAGCUCGCCUGGCAAAGGUACAUGCCUACAUAAUAAGUCACCUAAAGAAAGAGAUGCCUGCCAUGUUUGGAAAAGAGGCCAAGAAGAAGGAGCUAAUAAGCAAGUUGCCUGAAAUCUUCUUGCAGAUCCAGAGAGAACAUCAGAUUUCACCCGGGGACUUUCCUGAGGUCAAGAAAAUGCAGCAACAACUGGAGAUGUACGACUUUUCUAAAUUCCAUGUUCUGAAGCCUAAACUAAUAGACGGUGUAGACAAUAUGUUGGCCAAUAAAAUCUCUCCUCUUAUGAGUCUGAUUCGAGAGGAGGAAAACAGCAUGCCAACACAAAUGGUCCACGGUGGAGCAUUUGAAGGCACCAUGGAAGGUCCCUUUGGCCAAGGUUACGGAGAAGGAGCAGGAGAAGGCGCCGGCGAAGAAGAAUGGGUGGUCGCCAAGGAUAAACCGCUUUACGAUGAGCUGUUUUAUACAUUGUCUCCGAUCAACGGCAAGAUUUCUGGAGUCAACGCCAAGAAAGAGAUGGUGAACUCGAAGCUGCCAAAUAGCGUUUUAGGGAAAAUCUGGAAACUAGCAGAUUAUGAUAUGGAUGGCAUGCUAGAUGAAGAAGAAUUUGCUUUGGCAAAGCAUCUCAUUAAGAUUAAGCUGGAAGGCUUCGAGUUGCCCAGUGAGCUACCUCCUCACCUCGUGCCGCCAUCUCAGAGGAAGCCUGUCCAGAACUCUGAAUGAAGAGCCUCUUCGCUAGGAUAGGAGGUCUACAUAAUCCUGCAUCUUGUCACAUCCAGAGGACCCAUGCAUAGAAAGACUGCAGGCUAUUUAGGUUUAACACACUUUUAAAACAUAGUCUCGACAUUUUAAAAUGUGCAGAUUUUUUUUUUUUACUUCUAUCUAGACCAUAUGUCCAUAGAAAUAAAUAUACUGUACUAAUACUAAAUUUACAUACUUAAAAUUCCUUUAUCUUUGUUCAGUUCUCCUAUUUCCUAUAUGUUGUAAAUGCAAUAUGAAUGUCGCCAACAUGCACCAGAAUCCUCCAUGAUUGGCAUAAUGGGCAAAGGCUCAGUCAUUGGCAUUGCAUUCAGGUUUACAGGUGGUAAGUGACCAACAUAGAAGGUAUGGAUUAUGGCUGAAGAAGU